AUGCCGGCUGCACUCUCGGCACCUCAGCGAGCAGCGUCGGCGUACCCGGCCGUCCCGCAGCGCCACAAGGACUCGCCCUCGCCCACCAAGAAGCGGCGCGUCGAGACGGGCUCCGACUCUCGUCCGGCACCGCGCCCAGAGCCGUCCAGGCCGCACUCGAGCCCACACAAGCCUCGUUCCAGCCACCUCCCUCCGCCUCACUCGACCGCCCACCGACCACGCCCUCGAGCGAGCACGGUCGUCCAAGACGGCGAUGCCGACCCGAACGACCCCGAGCUGCAGUCGCGCCUGCACUCGUCGACCCUCAAGCUGCGCGACGCCUGGGACGACAUCCUCCGCCGGCACUCGCUCCCCGCACCCUCUCCUCCUGUCCCCUCUCGCGCCCCGGCCAGCUCGCCAACACGCCGACACCGCCCGGCAGGCCGCACACGCGCCAUCCCUGUCGACGAGGACGACAUCAUCGACCUCGGCUCGAUGGAGAUCAUUCAGGACCGCGGCGUCCUGCGUCGCUCUCGCGCCGGCGCGUUCGCCCUCGGCGGGUACACGGACGCCAUCGACGACGUCCUCGUCGGGCCCGACACGGGCGUCGGCGAGCCGGAGCAGGGCGGCAGCGGUGGCGAGGAGCGCGGAGCGGCGGGCGAGGGCAGCUUCGAGGAGGAGGAGGACGAGGACGACGAGUGGGACGAGCCGAACGCGCUCGAUAGCGAGGCGUACGCCGGCUCGUCCGACGACGAGCUCGGCGACAUGGACGAGCUGCCGUCGCUGCCGUCGCUCUUGUUCCGCGAGCAGCGCCGCCGCGACGCCGACCGGCGCGACCAGCUGCGCGAUUUUUGGGAGCACGAGGCGCGCGCUCGGGGCGGGUCCGAGGCGGGAGGAGGCGCAGCGCACGAGGCGGGCGCCGGCGCGGUCGGAAACCGCACGCUCGAGGCGGUCGAGGUGGCCGACGACGACGACGAGCUGGACUUCUUUGCGCCGGCGCCGAGCGUCGCGCCGUCGCCCGUGCCUCGGCCUCGCCGGUCGUCGUCGUCGCCGCUCCAGGUCGAGGUCGCCACGCCGUCGCGCAAGGUCAAGACCCAGUCGCACGCGCCGUCGACGACGGCGGCGCUCCGCACAGCUGUCGGCGCGGUUCAGCUCGCGUCGUCCUCGCCGACCCGCCCUCUCGGCACGUCGUCCUCGGUCAAGCCGCGUCAGCCCUCUUCGACGGCUGCCGCACGGCUCGAGCUACCCGAGCAGGCGUCGAGCUCGUCGGCGGUGUCGGCGGCCCGAGCGGACCAAGACGAGACCCGACAGGAGAAGACGAGCGAGAAGAAGCGCAAGAAGCGCAAGAAGCGCAAAGGCCGUCUGGACGAGGCGACGUGCGGCGACGCCGAGGCGCUCACGCAGCAGGGCCUGAGCACGACGAGCGCCGACCUCGGACCCGCACGCUCAGCCGUGGCGCCAGCAUCAGAGCAGAAGCAGGGCCUGCAGACGCCGCCAAACUCGUUCACGACGCACAAGCGCUCGAUGCCGUACGCGAGGUCGGUGCCAGCUCGUCCUCCCGUCUCGUCUUCACCCCUGCGCGAGGUCAUCGCCGUCGCGUCGCCCUCACCUACCGCCUCGCCCUCGCCUCGACCUAGCGCGCAAGGACCCGCCGAGCCAUCGCGCUCCCCCUCGCUCGAGAUCAUCUACCCUCGACCCCGAGCGCGCUCCCCCUCGCUCGCCGUGUGGACCGCGCCCGCUCGGCCCGUCUCGCCAGAGCUCGGUAUCCCUGCGCCCUCGUCGUCCGCGCGGCGCCCGCCACCGGCCCAUCAGCAGCAGACGUACCAGCACCCGACGCCGACGCCAACGCCGCCGCCUGUACCUGUUGCGCCGACCUCGCGCGCGCGCCGAGGGCUCGCCACCGCGGCCGCCGGCAAGACGCCGACGCCGCCCAAGAAGGCCAAAGGGCCCCGGCACUCGUUCGAGCUCGUGAUCGACCGCAAGCCGUCGCGCAUGAGCAUGACGCCGCGCCCGAGUGCGCCAAGGGCGGCGGCGGCGCAGCCUGCGUCGAGCGAGCGCGGCGCGACGAGGCUGCCCCGGACGGCGGUCAAGCCCGUCGGCGAGGACGUCGAGAUGCGCUCGCCCGGCGGGCUCUCGACGCCGCCGCUGUCGAAGCGCUCGACGAGGGCGGCCCAGCCGCCAGCGUCGGCGCCCGAGCGCCUCUCGGUCGCGCCCGUCGCCGAGGUCAAGGCGGCCAAGAGCCGGCGCAAGAGCAAGCCCGGCCAAGCCGGGUCGCACGCGGCGGCGGCUCUUCGCGCAGCCGCCAAAGCCGUCAAGGCCAAGGUCGAGGCGGAGCCGGACGCCGCCGGCCUUGACGACGACCCGCUCUUGCUCGAGUCGUCGCCGUCGCCGGUGAAGAAGCGCGCCUCGACGACGGGAUCGCGCCCGCAGCUGCGGCGGGCGGUGACGGCGACGCCUGCACCGGUCAAGAGGACGGGCUCGGCCUCGAGGAGGGUCAGGGAGCGCAGGAUGACGACGGUCGCGCCGUCGUCGUCGAGGAGGGAGGAGGCGAGCGACGACGACGGGUUCGGGGCUUGCACACCGACGCGUCCAGCAGCAGCAGCAGCAGCAGCUCCGCCAGCCGGCCCACUGCCCACCGUGGCGACCCUCGCGCCGAGCGUCGAGGUGGCCCCACUGCACGCCGUGCAGCUGCUGCACCUCGUCGUCUCGCUGUCCUUUACUUGCCACGCCCUCGCCGUCCUGUCGUACCUCCUCUCGCCGUCGCACAUCGUCCUCCUCGUCCUGCGCGUCGUCCUCCUCGUCCAGUUCAGCAACCCGCGCCGGACCCACCCGACCCGCAGCCUGCGCUUCUUCACCGUCGUGUGGACCCUCCAGGCCGUCGGCAUUACCGCCGUGCAUGCCUUGACGGGCAGCCGAGGCACCAAAGGCCCGAGAGGCCACGCUCAAGGCGGCCUCGUCCUCGACUUUGUCGGCGUCGCCGCCACCCCCUCGACGUUGCACCUCCUCUUCAUCGACGUCCUCCUCGCCCUCUUUCAACUCGCGACUCUCCUCGUCGCGUUCGGCGCCACCGUCCCCAACGACCUCGACGCGAGCAUCAGCGGCGAGGGUGCGAGGGACUACUCGGCGCUGCUGGGCCUCGGCGCGGCCGAGGACGACGACAUCGACGAGGACGUGCGGGCGCGAGCGUCGUCGAGCAGGUCGAGGGGGCGGAAACGGAGGGGAUACGAGAGCGUGCCCGGUGGAGACGAGGAUGACGACGGAUUCGAUAUGGACGAGGUCGACGAGAUGCGGCAAGAGGAGCGAGAGGACUCGUUCGGGCUCGGCACCUUCAAGCCACCCACUCCCUCCUCAUCAUCCGCCUCAUCGUCCUCUCGCCUCGCCCUCGACCCCUCGGCGCAGUACGUCCGCCUGCCCGUCAUCGCCGACCUGCGCCUGCGCACCGUCUGGGCCGAGGUGCGCAAGUCGGCGAGCCAGGUCGACACGGAGCGAGUCGAUGCGGGUGUGCGAGGGCUCGAGGAGGGGCGAGGAGCGUAGCAUGUAUUGCAAGGACUGUACGACUCGGCG